AUGGCGAACAGCGUUCUGAGGUCUCUGACCGCUCCCCCUGAGGUAAAUCCACUGAACAAAAAGGCUAGAACAGUGCCUGUUCUCAAUCCCUUUAACAUAUAUGGCCGCAUUUUCUUCUUCUCGUGGCUUGGAUAUAUGGUUUCAUUCCUGUCUUGGUGCGCCUUCCCGCCGUUGAUGACGAUCACAAUUCGAAAAGACCUUAAUAUGAGCGAGUCUGAUGUGGCUAACUCAAAUAUUAUGGCUCUCUUAGCAUCCUUUUUGGUUCGAGCUUUGUGCGGGCGACUAUGUGAUCAAUUUGGCCCUCGCUGGGUCUUUGUUGGCACUAUGAUCGCCGGCUCUAUUCCAACAGCUAUGGUGGGCCUGGUCACCAAUCCGAAAGGCCUAAACGCUGUACGGUUCUUCGUUGGCAUUCUAGGUGCCACAUUCGUUCCCUGUCAGGUGUGGUGCACUGGAGUGUUCGACGAGUCUAUUGUAGGCAGCGCCAAUGCUCUGGCUGCCGGUUGGGGAAAUGCGGGUGGGGGUAUUACAUACUUCGUCAUGCCAGCCAUAUUUAAUUCCCUGGUGAAAAACAGGGGACUUGCCGCUCACAAGGCUUGGAGAUUGGCCUAUCUUGUUCCUUUCGGUGUCAUUGUUUCCGUAGCUAUAGGAAUGGCUCUCACCUGUGACGACACUCCCACGGGCAAGUGGUCGGAACGCUAUAAAACCGCCGCCCAGUGCCAAAUUGGAAAAGAUACUGAAGACUUUGUUGUGGAAGGGCACUCUGGAGUCCAGGAUUUAAAGUCCUCUCCAGCUUCCAAUGUAUCUGCGCCAACACUAUCGGAAUCAGAGAGAGUUGACCUCCACCUUGCAGGAACACCCAAUGCCAGCGAGGCUCAGGGGCAGGAAGCUAACCUCGGAGAUGUGACAGGAGAAAUUAUCGUUGCCCCGACAUUCCGUAAAAGUCUUGAUGUUGUUCUCAGCAAAGAAUCCCUAGCCCUCGCAGGGCCAUAUGCUUGCUCCUUCGGAAGCCAACUGGCUAUUAACUCCAUGCUAGGUUCUUACUAUUUCUUCAAAUUUCCGGAACUCGGUCAAACUGUCUCCAGCGACUGGGCCGCUAUGAUGGGUUUUUUGAAUUUGUUGUGCCGCCCUCUUGGCGGCUACAUCAGUGACGUAGUAUACCAGAAGACUCAGUCAGUUUGGGCAAAGAAAAUCUGGCUGAUCUUCCUCGGUUUGUCAUUCAGCGUCAUCCUUGCUGCUCUUGGAUUUUCAGACCCCGAAGACAAGUCUACCGUGUUUGGACUUAUUGCUGCUUAUGCUUUCUUUAUGGAGGCAUGCAAUGGAGCGAACUUUGCAGUGGUACCUCAUGUACACCCUUACGCGAAUGGUGUCGUUUCGGGUUUGGUGGGCGCUUUUGGAAAUCUAGGUGGCAUCAUAUUCGCAACCAUAUUCCGCUCCAACGGUGAAAAUUACAGUCAAGCAAUCUGGGUGAUUGGAGUGAUAUCCAUCGCUGUAAACAUGGUUGUUUGCUGGAUCCCACCUGUGCCGCGUGGUAAGGUUGGCUAG